AAGAUGGAUCUGACAUUGUGGACGAUAAAGCAGAAGCAUAAUUUCUUAUUUAUGUCUAUAAAAUUUCAGAAACGAAAUGAAUACAGAUAGACAAUUCUACAUGAAACUUACUUCGACCCAUGGCGAUCUGUGCAGAAAUCGGCGGCCAAAACGCUAGGAAAUGUAUUGGAGAGGUAAAGAGCAUGCCCUUUGCUUAAUAGCUACGUUGGAAACGCUGUCAGACCGGUUGACACGCGUGUUUAGGCAUUCCUACGUGUGUGUGUGUGUCUGCGCGCGCCCUUGUGUUUGCCUAAUAUUUACCUUGUUCAGCUAAGAACCACCCCUCUUUAGACUUUUUUUUUUCCUCUUCUUUUGAGAACUUGGACGUGCGUGAUGGUGGGAGUCGCUCCACUAACAAGGUCACUACCAGAAACAUAUAAGGAUGUGUACAGAUUCUUCACCUUAGAGGAUGACAAAGGUGGAGCAGUUGAUGUCUUUUCUGGGUCACCUUUCAUGGAUUCUACUAGCAAGGGGUCAAAGUACCUUGGCAUCAUCAGCCCUAUAAUUUCUAGAGUUUGGACCACCUCCACUAUCGAAGGUCUUGAAUCUGUCUUGUCUUGGCAACAUUUCAUGGCCAAAUUCACAAACUUCUCCACACAUGCAAAAGGAUAUGAACCCAUUCUUCCAUCAAUAAUCGAGAAUAUUGUACCAGAUUGAUACGUAAUGUUAACCGUGUGUGUGUGUGAGAGAGAGAGACAGCGAGAGUACAAAUGUUCAGUUGGUCUAAAAGUGAUGAAAGACAAUUAAUUUCAAGCAAAAGAGGAGAAGAUGAAAAGCUCUAGAAACACAACACCAAGACUAUAUACAUCACUCUUGUCUGUUAACUUAUGCGUCAAGAAAUACUUUAGAUCAAG